AUGAAAGCCAUCUUGAUCAACAACGACAACAAAGGCGCAGAGAAACUGUACAUAGGCGAUGCUCCAAAACCAAAGCCAGCCAAGGACGAAGUCCUCGUCAAGAUCAGAGCCUUUGGAUUGAACCGUAUGGACAUCCUGCAACGAGAGGGGCAGUACCCAGUCCCCCCUGGUGCCAGUCAUAUCCUGGGUGUAGAGUUUGCGGGCACAGUCGAGGAACUCGGAUCUGGUGUCAAUAACUGGUCCGUUGGCGAUGAAGUGCUCGGACUUGCCACCGGAGGAGCCUACGCGGAAUACAUUGCAAUAGGCACUGGAUUCCUGCUCCCAAAGCCUUCUGGUAUGCCUUGGGAGGUAGCGGCCGGCAUUAUGGAAAACUAUAUUACAGCUUACCAGGCAUUGGUAACUAUCGCAAAGAUCAAAGAGGGCGAUAAUGUCCUGAUUCAUACUGGAGCCAGCGGCGUCGGCACCGCCGCUCUGCAAAUCGCCAAAUCAUUCCACGCAAAACGAAUCUUUACCACGGCGUCUUCUGAGGAAAAAUUGGGAUUCUUACACAAGCUCAUCGGAGACAACGAGCUCUUGCACACGAUCAACUAUAAAAAGGAAGACUUUGAGAAGCACAUCAUGGAUGCUACCAAUAAGUACGGUGUCGACGUGCUUGUGGACUUUGUGGGACAGAGCCACUGGAACAAGAACCUGGGAUCUCUGGCUCGGGACGGACGAAUGGUGAUGCUGGGGCUACUUAGUGGCUUGGACGUGGAGAAGACCUCGCUGGGGCCUAUCCUGUUCAAGCGGCUGCAGAUUACAGGAAGUACGCUCCGCUCACGAAGCCCAGAGUACCAAAUGAAUCUCGUUCAAAACUUUGGAAAGGACGUGUUCCCUCAUAUCGUCGAGCAAGCGUUCGGGAACCAAGGAAAUGGCAAAAGGGACGCAAUUCAGGUCGUGAUGCACGCGGUUUAUUCGAUGGAGGAUAUCGUAAAGGCGCACCAGGACAUGGAGAGCGAUGCCUCUGUUGGGAAAAUUGUGGUCACGGUACCAACAGAGUAA